AUGUAGAGAAAUAGCAGUUUACGAAGAACUCUUCGUUUACCAACACCUUUGAAAAAGUAUAAACCAAGAAUUCAUAGUGAAAGUAAGGACAAUGCCACCUUCACCUUCAGUUAUCUCCGAAGGAACUACGGUUGUUCCUCAACAUGUUAUUGUUCACCCAUUGGUCUUACUCUCUGCAGUAGACUCUUAUAUUCGUUCAGCACAAGGAACGAAACGUAGAGUUGUUGGUAUUUUGUUAGGACAAAAUAAUGGUACAGUUGUCAAUGUUGCCAACAGUUAUGCGAUUCCAUUCGAGGAAGAUGAAAAGAACUCUUCUGUAUGGUUUUUGGAUCACAAUUUCAUGGAAUCGAUGAACGAAAUGUUUAAGAAGAUUAACGCUAACGAAAAACUUAUCGGUUGGUAUCACACCGGUCCUCAAUUACGUCCAUCUGAUUUGGAAAUCAAUAAUUUACUUAAGAAGUACAUCCCCAACCCUGUGCUCGUAAUCAUUGAUGUCAAGCCCAAAUCUGUUGGAUUGCCCACCAGCGCUUACUUUGCUAUUGAUGAAAUAAAGGAUGAUGGCUCAAAGUCUAGUAGAACUUUUGUUCAUCUCCCUUCUAGCAUUGAAGCCGAAGAGGCUGAAGAAAUUGGUGUCGAGCAUCUUUUACGUGACACUAGAGACGUUUCUGUAGGUACUCUUGCUACUCGUGUCACUCAGCAAGCUCAAUCUUUGCAAGGGCUAGGCCAGCGUUUAACUGAAAUCGCUGAUUAUCUUCGAAAGGUUGUGGGCGGUCAGCUUCCACUUAACCAUGCAAUCUUAGCCGAGCUUCAGGGAGUUUUUAAUCUUUUACCCAACGUUUUCUCCGGACCCGUAUCCUCUGAACAAGUUUUGCAAACGGAAGCCCAACGUGCAUUCAAUAUUAACUCCAAUGAUCAGCUUAUGAGUAUUUAUAUUUCUAGCAUUGUCCGUGCUGUCAUUGCUCUACACGAUCUUUUGGAUUCCCUUGCGGCAAGCAAAACUGUUGAACAACAGGAGAUUAAACCACUUCUACAACAAGAAGAAUCUGCUGCUGCUCAUGCUGAGCAAAAGCUGUAAUUUCAUUCUUAGACGUUGUUCAUCUUAAAAGUUGGUGAUAAAAUUUUAUGAUUCCCGAAACGUGGUUUGACUGUCCGCCUGAUACUUUUUAAUGACUUUAGAAUAGUUUUUUUCUCAAAUUAUAUUUUGCAGCUGUACAGGUCAUGAAUAUCCUAGUCUUUUAAUGACUUGUAACCUUACAGAAUUCAACGAAAAAUAAUAAAGCAUGGUUAGAACGUGAACUAUUAUAGAUGAUCGUUACAAUAAUACAUUACUUAAAAAAGUUAAAGUAAUACUCUCCAGCUGGGCUUAUGAAAACAGUUGAUCAUAGUACUACUUUAACGGACCAAAAGAAACGAAACUAAACUUGCCAAUGAGAACGAAGCAAUUCGAAUCACGAUUGAACUGAAAAUCAGAAAUAAAAAAGCCGUAUCAUUAAAAACCAUUGGAUUCGAAAAGCUGCCAAGCUUCGUAACAGUGUGAACCAUUAGGGUCUCCUUGACAGCUAGAAAUAUCAAUUAUAGAACAUAUUAACAAAGCAUCAACCC